AUGUCCGCGUUUCUGCCCGUCCAUACCUUCUUCUCCCAUGUAUAUCUGGUGGAUCUCUCUCCAUCUCUCUGCGAAGUCGCCCGAGAACGGUUCCGGCGUUUAGGAUGGAAGAAUGUCAGCGUGGUAUGCCAGGAUGCACGGUCGUUUCGCUUGCCAGGGGUCGAAGAUGUCGACCCCCGGGAAAAGACUACUACUGCCGACACGGGUGCGGACGUGAUUACCAUGAGUUACAGUCUAUCCAUGAUCCCAGAUUACUACAGUGUGGUCGAUUCAUUGACGGACUUGCUAAAACCAUCCGGCCUACUCGGUGUUUGUGAUUUCUAUGUUCAGAGUAUCGUCGACGUCUCGUCACGUAACUACAUCGGUGGCGCUUUCAAUCGCCAUGUCAAUUGGCUUGGUCGGGUCUUCUGGCGUGCCUGGUUUGAUGCAGACCGGGUGAGUCUUGAGGCCGCUCGUCGGGACUACUUGGAGUAUCGGUUUGGGACAGUCGUUUCUGCCAGCGAGAGAAACUACCUUCUCGGAGGUAUCCCCUAUUAUAUAUUUCUCGGGUGUCAGAAAGACAUUACGUCCAGCCAGACAGGUAAAGAUACCAUCGAGAAGCUCGAUGCUUCUUUCACCGAGUCGCCCUACUUGUCGCCUGCCAACCACCAAAAGGAGAUGGAGAAGGCUGCGGAAGCCAGCGCACAAGAGGUUCGGUCCAAGGCAUACGAGUCAGCAGUCGUCAACCUUGGCUCGAACCUGCCUCUGCCUUCGUCCUUUUACCAAAACCAUCAUUACCGCAUCUUUUACAACGACCUGCUUCCGAAACACACCCAGUUUCAGAACGAAUAUAUCUACGCCUUCAACUGGGAGGAUCCUCGGGUUGACCACCGCCUUCUGGAUAUUCAACGCGAUGAUGUGAUCCUGGCUAUUACCAGCGCUGGUGACAACAUUCUGGAUUACCUGCAGAAGAGCCCACGACGAGUACACGCAGUGGACCUGAACCCAAACCAAAACCAUCUCCUCGAACUCAAAGUGGCUAGUUUCAUUGCUCUCGGCCAUCGCGAUGUUUGGAAGAUCUUCGGAGAAGGAAAGCACCCUGAAUUCCGCCAACUUCUCAUCUCUCGUCUAAGUCCGCACCUGUCUAGUCAGGCGUUCCAAUAUUGGUUGGAGCACACGCACGUCUUUACAUCGACAUCUGGAAAGGGUCUUUACGAGACCGGUGGAUCCCGGCAUGCAAUCAAAAUGGUCCGUUAUCUAUUCAAGGUAUUCGGCCUCGAGAGCCAGGUGCGCCAGUUAUGCGAUGCCCAAACCCUCGCCGAACAGCGCCAGAUCUGGCCUCGGAUCCGAUCGGUCCUGAUGAGCAAGCCUCUUCACUGGGCGGUCGUCGGAACGGAGUGGUUCGCAUGGAAGGCCGCGGGCGUGCCUCGCAACCAACGUAACAUGAUCAUCGAUGACUUCUUCAAGCGAAACGGCUUGAAUGCGGAUAUGAAGCAAGCCAAGGACAUCAGCGGCCAGUCUAUUUGGGAAUACGUCGUCGACACACUCGACCCGGUGGUCAAGGACACUCUGAUUAGCUCCGACAAUUACUUUUAUUUCUUGUGUCUACGAGGCCAGUUCUCUCGAAGAUGCCAUCCUGCCUAUCUGUCACCCAAAGCACAUGUGAGAUUGUCCUCACCAGGGGCAUUUGACGGACUCCGCAUCCACACCGACGAGAUCAACGAAGUGAUCAAGCGCAUCACCCCGCGAAGCCUCACUAUUGCCGUUAUCAUGGACUCAAUGGACUGGUUCGACCCCUCCGGCAGCGACGCUUCCAUCCAAGCCCAGAAACUCAACCACGCCUUGAAACUCAACGGCCGCAUUCUUCUCCGCUCUGCGAGCAUCGAACCCUGGUAUAUCCGGAACUUCGAAGAGAAUGGCUUCACGGCUCGACGAGUCGGUGCUCGAUUCCCAGGAACAUGUAUUGACCGAGUCAACAUGUACGCCUCUACUUGGAUCUGCACCAAGACGAAGGAACUGGAACGGCCAUCCCUGCCGGAUCGAUCGAUGUCCGUGCUAUCGCUGGGCGAUAGUACGGGGAAGCGGUCGAAUAGCGUGGAACAUCUGGAGAUAUGA